CAUUUGAAAACAUCACUUGUUUUAGCUUCAUUUGUGACUUAUCGAUGUGUUAUUAUGUGUAAUUUUGUGUUGCUUUGGCAAUUCGUCUUUCUUAAUCAAUUAAAAUUAAAUUUUUGCCACCAAUCGAUUUCUUGUAGUAUGAAGAAUACCAUUGUGCCAUUUCUUCAUCAAACGUGCCGCAAUGCCAUAUAUCCUCGAAGCAAUGGUGUUAAAAGAUUUACAGUACCAGACAAUUUGGUAAAUUGGAUGGAAAAAUAUACUGAAUACAAGCCGGAAUUUUAUGAAUCGUCAAGUUUGGUCGGGGCACCAUAUGCAGAUCCAGCGAUAGAUGACACAAACUUUCAUCCGAUCUGGAAUUCAAUUGACGGUAAAAUUGAUCGCACCUCAUUCCAUGGUGAAUAUGAAAUUCGUGAUAAAUAUCCGCUUAAUGUAGCCGGCCGAACAGGAGUGGCUGGAAGAGGGUUGCUGGGCCGUUGGGGUGUCAACCAUGCCGCAGAUCCAAUAGUUACAAAAUGGAAACGAAGCAAUGAUGGCACCAUUGUUAAACACACGACAUCCGGAAGAAAUAUUGUUCAAAUGGUGGCAAUUCAACGGCGUGAUACUCUGGAAUGGGCGAUACCAGGUGGGAUGGUCGAUGCGGGAGAAAAAGCAACAGCUACAUUAAAACGUGAAUUCAUCGAAGAAGCCAUGAACAGCAAUAAAGUACAAGAAAUUGAUCGAUUUUUUGAAAAAAAUGGAACGGAAAUCUAUUCCGGUUAUGUUGAUGAUCCUAGGAAUACUGAUAACGCAUGGAUCGAAACGACUGCAUUCAAUUUUCAUGAUGAUACCGGCGAUACGUUGAAAGACAUUAAAUUCGAAGCGGGUGAUGAUGCUGGAAGCGUCCGUUGGUUAGAUUUAGAUCGAAAUAUCGAAUUGUAUGCAAAUCAUCAUGAUAUUGUGAGCAAAGUGGCUGAACGAUUAAAUGCCCAUUGGUGAACGUUUAUGGGGUCGCUUAACAUUUAAAAAUUCAUUUUAUGAUUGAAAUAAUUAUUUAUUUAAUAAUACAUUGUUGUCAAGAUGAAUUUGCAGAACAUUUAUUCUAUAAAUCUAUGCUCUCAUUCGUCAAAUAAAUCAUCAAAUACUACUAUUAAA